AUGGCACAGCAAGACACUCAGCUGAACCGAGUGAAAUUCUGCUGUUCGAUCUGUCUGGACCUACUGAGGGAUCCGGUGACUCUCCCCUGUGGACAUAACUACUGCAUGAGCUGCAUUAAAACCCACUGGGAUGAGGAGGAUGAGAAGAAAAUCCACAGCUGCCCUCAGUGUAGGCAGACAUUUACACCGAGGCCUGUGCCGGUGAAAAACAACAUGUUGGCAGAAUUAGUGGAGGACCUGAAGAACACUGGACCCCAAGCUGCUCCUGCCGAUCACUGCUAUGCUGGACCUGAAGAUGUGGCCUGCGAUUUCUGCACUGGAAGACAACUGAAAGCCCUCAAGUCCUGUUUGGUCUGCCUUGCCUCUUACUGUGAGAGUCACCUCCAGCCUCACUAUGAUGUGGCUCCAUUAAAGAAACACAGGCUGGUGGAUGCCUCAAAGAAGCUCCAGGAGAGCAUCUGCUCUCGUCACGAUGAGGUAAUGAAGAUGUUCUGCCGCACUGAUCAGCAGUGUAUCUGUUUUCUCUGUUCCGUAGAUGAACAUAGAGGCCACGACAUAGUUGCAGCUGCAGCAGAAAGGGCCGAGAGGCAGACAGAGCUCGGGGUGUGUCGACAAAAAAUCUUGCAGAGAAUCCAGGACAGGGAGAAAGUCGUAAAGGGGCUUAAUCGGGAGAUGGAGGCUAUCAGUCGCUCUGCUGAUAAAGCACUGGAGGACCGUAAGAAGAUCCUCGCCGAGUUAAUUCAGCUCAUUGCGACAAAAGGCGCUGAAGUGAAGCAGCAGAUCAGAAUCAAGCAGGAAGCUGAAGUGAGUCGAGUCAAAGAGCUUCAGGAGAAGCUGGAGCAGGAGAUCACUGAGCUGAAGAGGACAGACGCUGAGCUGGAGCAGCUCUCACACACGGAGGAUCACAACCACUUCCUGCAAAACUACCCCUCAGUGUCACGACUCAGUGAAUCGACAGACUCAUUCAGCACCAAUAUCCAUUCUGUGCAGUACUUCGAGGAUGUUCCAGUGGCUGUGUCAGAGGUCAGAGAAAAACUACAGAACAUUCUGAGCGAGUUAUGGACAAACGUCCCACUGACAGCAACUGAAACUGGUGUUUCAGUGCCACAGCCAGAACCCAGGAGCAGAGCAGAAUUCUUACAGUAUUCAUGUGAAAUCACACUGGAUCCAAAUACAGCACAGCCAUAUCUGGUACUGUCUGAUGGAAACAGAAAAGCAACACUAGUAAGUAAACAACAGUCUUAUUCUCCUCACCCAGACAGAUUCACUUCUUGGCGUCAGGUCCUGAGUAGAGAGAGUCUGACCGGACGCUGCUACUGGGAGGUGGAGCGGAGGGAAGGAGUUUGUGUGGCACUCGCAUACAAGAAUAUCAGCAGAGAAGGGGACUCGAAUGAAAGCAAAUUCGGAAACAAUGACAAAUCUUGGGCAUUAUACUGUACCAAACACAGUUAUAACUUUUGGCACGACAAUAUGAGGACUCCUGUCUCGGGUCCUCGGUCCUCCAGAGUUGGAGCGUACCUGGACCACAGUGCAGGUAUUCUGUCCUUCUACAGCAUCUCUGACACCAUGACUCUCCUCCACAGCGUCCAGACCACAUUCACUCAGCCUCUCUACGCUGGACUCUGUUUUUAUUUUGUUGAAGACACUGCAGCGUUCUGUAAACUUGAAUAG